AUGGUCGCAGAUACCGCCUACUACGACGCCUUGGGGGUGCCCCCCACGGCCACAGAGCUGGAGAUCAAGAAGGCAUAUCGGAAACUUGCUAUUGUCACUCAUCCUGAUAAGAACCCCGGUGAUGAGACUGCGCAUGCCAGAUUUCAGGAGAUCGGAGAAGCCUACCAGGUUCUCAGCAACGAAGAACUGCGAAAGCGUUACGACAAAUUCGGCAAGGAAGAUGCGGUUCCCGGCGGUGGUUUUGAGGACCCGGCCGAAUUCUUCAGCAUGAUCUUUGGUGGCAGCGCAUUCGUCGACCUGAUCGGUGAAAUCUCGUUGAUGAAGGAUCUGACCGCAACAAUGGACAUCACGAUGCAGGAAAUGGAGGAGCAAGAGCUCGCGGAGGCGGCGGAGGAGAAGCUCAACAUCCACGACGAGGAGACCAAGGCAGCUGCCGCGACUGCUGAGGCAGGCCCAUCCGCUGAGACCGCAACCCCCGCGCCCGCGGCUGCUCCGGCUGCAGAACCCUCGGCUCAACCGACCCCGGCCGCCGGCACAAGUACACCCCGUCGCUAUCUCGGACAGCAGGCGCUCAUGGACAAGUCGGAGGAGGAGGCUCGGAUGGAGGCAGCUGGUCUGACUCAGGAAGAAAAGGAACUGCGCAAGAAAGAGAAGAAGAAGGGACUGUCGCGGGAACAACAGGAGCGUCUGGCGGCUUACGAGCUGGAGCGCAAGAAGGCUCGCGAGGAGCGCGUCAACACCCUGGCCACCAAGCUGGUCGACAAGCUCAGCGUGUGGACGGAGACGGACAAGGGCAAGGAUGUGACGCGGGCGUUUGAGGAGAAGAUCCGCCUGGAAGUGGAGAACCUGAAGAUGGAAUCGUUCGGACUGGAGAUCCUGCAUGCCAUUGGCGCGACGUACACGCAAAAGGGUACCUCGUUCCUCAAGUCGCAGAAAUUCCUCGGUAUCUCCGGCUUCUUCUCCCGGCUCAAGGACAAGGGUACCCUGGCCAAGGAAACAUGGACUACGAUCUCGACCGCCAUCGACGCACAGAUGACCAUGGAGGAGAUGGCCAAGUUGGAGGAGAAGGGGGGAGAGGACUGGACGGACGAGAAGCGGGCCGAGUACGAAAAGAAGGUGACGGGCAAGAUCCUGGCUGCUGCAUGGCGCGGCAGCAAGUUCGAGAUCCAGAGUGUGCUGCGAGAAGUGUGUGAUCAAGUGCUGGGCGACAAGCGCAUCAAGCUGGAGAAGCGUGUUGAGCGUGCUCAUGCCUUGGUCAUUGCGGGCAAUAUCUACGCCAAGGCCGAGCGUGAUCCAGAGGAAGAAGGCGACUACAUGGCCUUUGAACAGCUGAUGGCGGAGGCGAUGUCGAAGAAGGGCAAGGACGACAAGAAGAAGAAGAGAGACAAGUCCAAGCAUGAGCACCACGCCGAGGAAGAAGCCACAGCAUAG